CGAGUAGUCAAACGCAACGGUCGCUUCAGUCCCGCUCAGGGAUCUCCCGAUACCCAAGCCCGUGAAAGUUUGUGGAUACCAGUUUCAGAUACCAGUGGCUUUGUGUACAAUCUAUAUAUGUGAAAUUCAACGCGAAAUCCCACCCUAAAAAAAUCCUCGGACAUCUGCCGCUUGCAGGCUGCCGUUUAGGCGGUUGAUUGCGCAAUGGUUUAUCACCAACACAACCACGAUAUCCGGAUAAUACACUGCAGAAAACAAUUAAUUACAUGGCGAAGGAGGAGCUGGCUGCUGGCCAUUGCUAUGGUUGCGGCAUCUGUGGUUUCUCUGAUUUCACAAGAAGCUGCUGCCCACGACCAAAAUGCACCUCCAAUACUGUAUGUUCGAGAGCGAAACUGGCGAAUACCAGAAUCAGAAAGAGUGGGCCAGUUUAUUGAUCAGGUCCGGGCCGAAGAUCCCGAUGGGGAUGACCUGAUAUUUGGAAUAGAGCCUCGCUUUUCGCCGAUUCCCGGCAGUGGAGAUACUCCAGAGAAGCUGCCAUUUCAUAUAGACAGGGAAUCCGGUGUAGUCACGCUCAACGAAAGUCUGGCAGGAAGGGCCGGUCAAAAUUUUCUCAUCUAUAUAACUGUCACCGAUGGACGCUAUACGGCCAAAAAUGAAGUCUUCAUAAAUAUUUUGGGGGAACGGGAGAAGAGCAUCGGCCCUCGACCGCAAACAUCGAUUUCGAACGUGGUGCACAAUAUAUCACAAUUUCUGCCCCGGUUCGACCAACUGCCCGGUGUCCAGUCCAUUCGAAAUGGGCUGCCAAAUAACCGGCCAGACUUUCGAUUCCCGCCGGUGCCCCAGAGUCCAGGUGGCGGCCUUUUCGGACCACCCCCAUUCGUGAACUACCCAUCAAACUACCCGCCGCCGCCUCCGCCCCCGGAUCAUAAAACAGAGGCCAGUUCCGAGGACACCGAGCCUGAUGGUGAUUCUGAAGUGACACCGCCAGAAACACCCCCCAGGAUAAGCUCCACAACGCAGAAGAGCCGCACCAAACUGACGCCAAUAAGUGCCAAUAAUUCGACGAGGGUGGAGCAGCCAGUCCAGAGUGGCAGUGGUAAUAACACCAUCAACGUGUUCUCCAUCAAGUCCGGCACCAUUCCCAUUGUGGUCACCAUUGGCGGUUUCGUUGCCGCCCUGGCAGUCUUCCUGGCCUUUUUGUGUCGCCGUCGCCUGUGCGCCAUCAGCAGAACUCUGAAAAAGUCCAAGGAAAAGGAGGAGCUGGCCAAGAAGUCCAAUCCCAGCCAGCUGAGUAGCACUCUCACCGACGAUAGUCGCAACUCGAUGGUGAUGCAACAGUGGCAGGGACCCGUGGCCUUUGCGAAUCGCUACGUGCCCUGGGAACGGGACCAGCAGAUGGGCAUUGCAACUUCCCAGCUAUCAACAGGUGUCCCCAAUGCCGGAGAUGCCACUGCAACAGCCCAGAGUCCUGGGACAGGUGAGCCCGGUCCUGGGGCCGGAGGCAUGGCUGUGGGUGGUGGCACUUCCGGUGGCCUCCAGGCGGAAAAUGGUAUUGCUGGCGAGGCAAAGGGCGACCGCUGGGAAUUCCCGAGGUACCGAUUGAAGUUCUUCAACAUAUUGGGCGAAGGUGCCUUCGGACAAGUGUGGCGUUGCGAAGCCACAAAUAUAAAUGACUCUGAGGGCAUUACAACGGUGGCGGUGAAGACCCUUAAGGAGAGCGCCACCGAAGUGGACCGCAAGGACUUGUUAUCCGAGCUGGAGGUAAUGAAGUCCUUGGAGCCGCAUAUCAAUGUUGUCCGCUUGCUGGGCUGUUGCACCGAUAAGGAUCCGACUUUUGUCAUUUUGGAAUUCGUGAAUCGCGGCAAGUUGCAAACUUAUUUGCGCAGUUCGCGAGCAGAGAGGCACUACGGCAACACCCAUGGGAAAUCAAAUAUUCUUACCUCCUGCGACCUAACAUCCUUCAUGUAUCAAGUAGCCAAGGGCAUGGAUUAUUUAACUUCUAGGGGUAUUAUCCAUCGUGAUCUGGCUGCUCGAAAUAUUCUCAUUUCCGACGAUCACACCUGCAAAGUGGCAGAUUUUGGCUUUGCUAGGGACGUCAUUACUUCGAAAAUAUACGAAAGAAAGAGCGAGGGAAAGCUGCCAAUAAGAUGGAUGGCCACAGAGUCACUUUACGACAAUAUAUUCUCCGUAAAAUCCGACAUCUGGAGCUUUGGCAUUCUGAUGUGGGAAAUUGUAACCUUGGGAUCCACACCAUAUCCUGGUAUAUCGGCAGCCGAUGUUAUGAGAAAGGUGAGGGAUGGCUACCGUUUGGAGAAACCAGAGCACUGCCGUCGAGAGCUCUAUAAUAUUAUGUAUUAUUGCUGGUCACAAGAUCCGCAGGAGCGUCCACUCUUUGCGGAAAUAAUCCAAAUGCUGGACAAGCUGCUUCACACCGAAAUGGACUACAUAGAGCUGGAACGAUUUCCAGAUCAUAAUUACUAUAAUAUUGUUAGUCUAAGUGGUGAGAAGUUGUAGAUCUAUCCCAGGAUACCGUGCACUGAUUCCCAAGAGCUUUAUUACCUCCAAGACGAAAGACUUUGGGCAACCGGAUACCCCUCUCGAGUCUUUGACAGAAAUCAGAUAGAAAUAGGUAUUACUGCCAUUAUUUAUUGCACCAGGACAUAUCUGUUCCCAUCUGUAAUUCCUGUUUAGUUGUAAGAUAACUACAUCCUUACGUUGUAUGUGUUCACGUUUUAUUUAUUUGAUUCGUAUUAUGUACUCUAAAUUAUCAACCGUGUAUAAAGUUAAAAAU